AUGUGUGUGUAUUCAUGUGUGUGUGUAUUCAUGUGUGUGUGUAUUCAUGUGUGUGUGUAUUGAUGUGUGCCCCCAGACGUGGAGCUGCUGGCGCUGGACAGUGCGGAGGCCAGCUGCUGGGUGAACAACGUGCUGCGGGCCCACGAGGAGCGUUGGAAGGAGGAUGACUGCACCUUCUGCCAGUGUGUGGAUGGAGAGCCUCACUGUACCGCCAUGGCCUGCAAGCAAAGCUGCCACAACCCUGUCAAGAUCCCUGGAGAGUGCUGCCCCUUCUGUGAAGAGCCGUCCUAUGAGACCCUGAGCCCAGCUGUGUGCCCCCCGCUGGAGCACUGCUCCCUGUCCGCCCCAGACUGCCCGCUCGGCUUCCAGCAGGACCACCACGGCUGCCUGCUCUGCCACUGCAUCACCAAUGACUCCUGCCCCGACCUGGGUAGGUACUGCUCCCUGCAAUGCCCCAUGGGAUACGAGAAGGACGAACUGGGGUGCGAGGUGUGCGAGUGCAGAGUGCCCACGUGUCGACCUUUGACCUGUGCCAAGACCUGUCCCUACGGAUACGUGAGGAACAAGCACGGUUGUGAGAUGUGCCGCUGUGUGCGCUGCCCCCCCUUCUCCUGUGAGCUGCUCUGUAACCACGGCUACCUGCUCAGCAAGAGGGGCUGCUCUAUCUGCACAUGUAAAGAGAGCAGGCCCAGGCCCAGCAGCGCCCCUGCCCCCGUCCCCUCUCCCGGCCCCUGCCGGACCUCCAGCGGCCAGCGCUACGAGGAGGGGGAGAGCUGGCACGAUGGCUGCAGGGACUGCUACUGCCACGCCGGCCGGGAGAUGUGUGUCCUCAUCUCCUGCCCCGUGCCCAGCUGCCCUCAGCCGCUGGUGAGGCCAGAGCAGUGCUGCCCCACCUGUGAAGAUGAAUGGUCCGGUAGUGGGGGGAUGGACCUGGUGGUGUGUCGGGCCUCGGGCGGGGAGCUGUAUGUGGAGGGAGAGACCUGGAGCCUGGACGACUGCACUCGCUGCACUUGCAGGAAGGGCCGGGUCCUGUGCGACACCGAAGUGUGUCCUCCUGCCCUCUGCCCGGCGCCCUCCAGGAACAAGGACUCCUGCUGCCAUGUCUGCCCAGACGACCAUCAGGACCCCGUCCUCCCGGGGGGGCGGCAGGAGGACUGCGUCUCCAGCGAGGGGGACGUCCUGAGGGCAGGGGACUCCUGGAAGGCCAACGCCUGCACCAGCUGCACCUGCAGCAACGGCACUGUGCAGUGUUUCUCCCAGCGCUGCCCACCUGCCAGCUGCCGGGUUCCCGUCCUACGCAAGGGCCAGUGCUGCCCUCACUGUCUGGAAACGACAACAACGUCAGUGCCUAUGAUGGUGUCCACCAGGGCUCACAAGACACACCCCACCACCACCCUGAAGAGCGCUCACUGGAUCACCACUGCCACCGUCACCCCCAUCGCUGCUAAUACAGAUGAGACCAACCUGGGCGACAGCUACCCCAACCAGAGGGAGAUGGCCCUUAUCUACCAAUCAGCAGCCUGGAUACUGGCAGGACUCCUCCUGGCCAUCGUGGUCCUGCUGGUGGUGGCUCUGCUCAUCAACAACAAGAAGAAGUGGGUGCAGAUGUCCUGCUACAGCGCGCCCAAGAAGACGGUGAUCCUGAAGAAGCACGUGAACAAGAACUCCGUGGUGUACAUGGAGCCUUCCAAGGAGAACAAGUUCCAGAGCGUAAAGAACGACAUCAUCAACUUCUCCCCGGAGCUGAGCUCUCCUGGGGGAGACAGGAUGAGCAUCCCCCGGGCCAAGCUGAGCACGGGGCAGGGCCACCGCUAACCCCCUCAGCCCCCAGACUCCACCCAGCGUCAGGACCGCCCCUCUCCUAUCAGACUGUUACCAUGGGGAUCUGCCAAAGACACGGUGGACUGUUGUGGCUGCACACC